GUUCGUCCACCGCUAUCGACAGCCCCAAUCAACAUAGUAAGCGAGCCCAUGUAGUUCACGAGCCAUUCUUGCCUCGUUUUCUGCGGGAUUCAUCAAAAGCUUCUGUCAAUCGAACUCGCUGAGGUUAUCAAGUUCAUGGAUGACACUACGCGAACGAUUAUCUGCAACGUCAAGGAUCCUGUACGGGAGGAAGAUAUCAUUGCACUUCUGGACAGCGAGCAUGACACUCGCUUCUUGCACUACAUUUAGAUAUUAUCCUUGCGACAGUCUUACUUUAUCGUUGCCCAUGUACACGAAACAUAUGUUGGAUAUUUGUGCGAAAACUCCUUUUCGCCUGGUGCAGAUCGAUAUAGAAUGGAUUAUCAGAAGAUUGUAAUUAAGUAGGGCCGUAACCUCCGAUUGUCCGAUCUUUCAGUAGUAUUUUUG